AUGGCGACCGCCCGCUCGACCCCGUCGACGACCGACGACCCAGCCAAACUCCAGGACCUCAAGGAAGAGCUGUACGAGGCCUGCGUCAACCAUGGCUCGCCGGACCGGCUGUACGGGCAAAAGGACCUCCUGGCGCUCGGGGUGGUGUCCGAGGACAACCCGACCCUGCUCCUCAAGGUGAUCCAGGGCCUGACGGACGACAAGCUCCUGGUGCCCGUCAACGACGCGCGCAAGGGCGGCCUGGCCUGGCGGUACCGCACGCGCGAGGACGCCGCCAAGUACGCCACGCUGCCCAGCUCCGAGGCCAUGCUCGUCUACACGCUCAUCGACGAGGCCGGCGCCGACGGCAUCUGGUCGCGCGCCAUCCUGCGCCGCCUGGGCAUGCACGACGCCACCCUCAAGCAGGCGCUCAAGCAGCUCGAGAGCAAGGGCUUCAUCUCGGAGAUGAAGAGCGUCGAGCACCCCAACAAGAAGAUGUACAUCAAGGCCAACCUCCGGCCCUCGGAAAAGGCCACCGGCGGGCCCUGGUACAACGACUCGACCCUGGACGAGGCCUUUAUCGACGAGCUGGAGCGUGUCGUCUUCGACAUCGUCAAGGCCAGGAGCACCUACCGAUCCCACGCGUCCGACAGCGCCACCGCCAAGGCUCCCAAGAAGGCCGCCGUCAAGGGGACCGCGACGGCCGCGGGGAAGAAGCGCACGGCCGCGGAGGCGGGCGUCGACUCGGCCACCAACGGCGACGCCCAUCCCAAAGUCAACGGCCACACCGCCGACGCGGCUGCCUUGUCGUCUUCCCGUAGGCACAAACUCCGGCCGCUCCCGGCCGGUUACAAGGGCUACCCGACGACCAAGCAGAUCGCCGUUAUGAUUCAGGAGGCCGGAAUCGCCAAGAACCAGACCCUAGAGGAGGACGACAUCCAGCAGCUCGUCGACGUGCUGGUCUUCGACGGCCUGAUCGAGCCCGUGCACCACGGAUACGAGCCGCGGAAGCCCGGGUACCGCGCGGCCGAGGUUGCCAGGUUGGACGACGUCACGCUCAGCGACCAGAACCAGAUGGACGUCGUUCGCAUGGGCCCGCCGGCGCGCGAAAAUGGCCUCACAGAAGCACCGUGUGGCAGGUGUCCCGUGUUUGAGCUUUGCGAGGAGGGAGGACCCGUGAGUCCGCUGACUUGCAUAUAUUAUAACAAGUGGCUUGGACUGCAGACCGAAGAGAAAAAGGCUUCCGCCCAAGAAGCCGUCGUCGAAAUCUGA